GCCGCACAGCUGCUGCUCAUUGUGUUCACAGUAGGACAGAAGCUACAGGGCACCCGUGUUGCUUGGCUGGCCUUGCCCAGCCUCUCCACUUUCAGGGCCAUGAUAGCCUCCCGGCUUCUUUUGGCAAGGUCUUCCACUGUGUUGGAGGGUGUUUUGAAGUGGGCUUCAUGCACACAAGCUGACCUCAAGCCCGGCCAGCUCCUUCCACUACAGGCAUCAUCUAGAUUGCUCUCUGUGGCCGUUGUAGACCACGCUAAACACCGGGAGCCCUCUGGAAAGAAGCUGCUGUCCGAGAAAAAACUGAAAAGACAUUUCGUGGAUCACCGGAGAGUGCUGGUCCGUGGAGGAAAUGGAGGCUCUGGCAUGAGCUGCUUCCACAGUGAGCCCCGCAAGGAGUUUGGAGGCCCUGAUGGCGGGGAUGGAGGAAAUGGUGGACACAUCAUCCUGAGAGUUGACCAGCAAGUCAAGUCCCUGUCAUCAGUCUUAUCCCAGUACCAGGGUUUCAGUGGAGAAAAUGGUGGCAGUAAAAACUGUUUUGGGCGAGGUGGUGACACCCUCUAUGUCCAGGUUCCUGUGGGUACCUUGGUGAAAGAAGGAGGUGAGAUCGUGGCUGACCUAUCUUACCCAGGAGACGAGUACAUCGCUGCACUGGGGGGUGCAGGGGGGAAAGGCAAUCGUUUUUUUCUGGCCAAUGACAACCGUGCCCCUGUAACUUGCACCCCUGGACAACCAGGUCAGGAGCGGGUUCUCUACCUGGAGCUCAAGACAAUGGCCCAUGCUGGGAUGGUUGGCUUCCCCAAUGCUGGGAAAUCCUCUCUCCUUCGAGCCAUUUCAAACGCAAAACCCGCUGUAGCUUCCUACCCCUUCACCACCUUGAACCCUCACGUGGGGAUCGUCCACUAUGAAGGCCACCAACAGGUAGCAGUGGCAGACAUCCCGGGCAUCAUCCGAGGCGCACACCGCAACAAGGGCCUGGGGCUCAGCUUCCUCAGGCACAUUGAGCGCUGUCUCUUCUUCCUGGUCGUGGUGGAUCUGUCUCUGCCUGAGCCAUGGACUCAGGUUGACGACUUAAAAUUCGAACUGGAGAAGUACGAGGAAGGCCUGUCUGAGAGGCCUCACGCCAUCAUCGCAAACAAGAUCGAUCUCCCGCAGGCCAGAGCCCACCUGCCUCAGCUCCAGGCCCACCUGGGACAGGAGGUCAUCGCCCUGUCAGCACUGACAGGGGAGAACCUGGAGCAGCUGCUUCUACACCUGAAGGCGCUACACGAUGCCCACGUGGAGACCAAGCUGGAGCAGGGCUGCCAGCCUCUCAGGUGGUAGUGGGCACAGGGCGGUGUGCCCCGGCGGCCAGCAUGGUGCUAGGCCACAGGAAGCAAAGGCAACCCUGUUGGAAAAUGCAGGCCGCUUGAACACAGAGAGAAAGUGCUUAGAAAUACAUGAGAGUGUC